AUUAUUUCUCAUAUCCCUUAGAUUGUUGCACACUGACCUCCGAAUCCCAUGGCCACAAGUGAAGAAAGCACAAGCGAACCCAGUUGGGCCCAACUCCUGGGCCUUAACAAGUGGGAAGGGCUCUUGGAGCCUCUGAACCCAUCCCUCCGAGCCCUAAUCCUGGGGUGUGGCGACCUCAUCCAAACGACGUACGACGCCUUCAACAACGACAAAAACUCCCUCUAUUGCGGCACCAGCCGCUACGGCAAGGCCUCCUUCUUCCAGAAGGUGAUGCUAGAGGACCCUGACCACUACGACGUCGCUUCGUUUUUGUACGGCACGGCUAAGAUCUCUGUCCCUGAAGCCUUCCUCCUCCACUCCCUCUCGCGAGAGGCCUGGGACCGCGAGUCCAACUGGAUAGGCUACGUCGCUGUCACAUCGGAUCAGCGCUCCAAAACGCUCGGCCGAAGGGAAAUCUAUGUGGUGUGGCGCGGCACCACUAGGGACUAUGAAUGGGUUAACGUCUUUGGAGCCGCUCUUGAGUCUGCCACUGAAUUGCUUAGUGUUAAAAGUCUCCAAGAGUUAGAGAGCGGAAACAAACAUCGUAACAAUGGAGACGACUCGAGAACACCGAAGGUGAUGAACGGUUGGCUCACAAUCUACACAUCAGACGACCCAAAAUCUGCCUUCACAAAAACCAGUGCUCGAACCCAGCUUCUUACAUCGGUCAAAGCUUUGCUACAACGUUACAAAUCGGAGAGUCCUAGCGUAGUGUUGGUGGGUCACAGUCUUGGGGCAAGCUUAUCCAUCGUGAGUGCCUUUGACUUAGUAGAAAACGGGGUAACGGAGGUUCCGGUGACAGGCAUCGUGUUUGGGUGCCCCCAGGUGGGAAACAAGGCUUUCAACGACAGGUUGAAAGAGUUUGGGAACCUAAAUGUCCUGCACGUGAAGAACGUGAUCGAUUUGAUUCCGCAUUAUCCAGGGACGCUGUUGGGGUACGAGUACACGGGCGUGGAGUUGGUGAUUGAUACGCGAAAGUCGCCGAGUUUGAAGGAUUCGAAGAACCCGAGUGAUUGGCAUAACUUGCAGGCCAUGCUGCACGUGGUGGCGGGGUGGAAUGGGGCGAGUGGGGAGUUUGAGAUGAAGGUGAAGAGGAGCCUGGCUUUGGUGAAUAAGUCGUGUGAGUUUCUGAAGGAGGAGUAUCGUAUACCAGGCUCAUGGUGGGUGGAGAAAAACAAGGGAAUGGUGCGUAGGGAAGAUGGGGACUGGGUUUUGGAUGCACCUCAACAAGAGGACUUGCCUGUGCCGGAACAGCUUUGAUUCCAUAAUGAAAAAUGAAAGCCAUGCAUUAUUGUUCCAAUUUAUUAUCUUUUCAUUUUUUAUUCUUGUAAUUUUUUUUUAUUAUUUUGUUUUUAACCUUUUAUAAUAUUUUAAAAAUAGUUUUUAUUUA